AUGGAUGACCUGCCUUGCUGGCCGCGUUACCGACCGAUCCGCGUGAUCGGUCAGGGCGGCUUUGGCACAGUGUACCUCUGCGUUGACACGGAGCCGACCAGCAUUAUGUAUGAGCAGCAGGUGGCUGUCAAGGCCGUCUCGCUCAACAACUUUUCCGAUGAGGAGGUGCUCAUGGCGAUGUCAGAGGUGUCGCUGCUGAGGAAUAUUGGGCACCCUAACAUAAUCACCUACUACGACUCGUUUCUGCACGAUGAGGAUGAGUCAGUGCAGCCACGGAAGGGAAGCACCACGCUCGUUUCACAGCCUCAUGGCGACGACAUCGCCGCAGCUGGGGAGGCCUUUCGAUCGCAGUGGCUCUGUCUUGUGACGGAGUACAUGGAUGGCGGCGACCUUGCUUCGCUGCUGCGGCAGUACAGCGGCCAAGGACUGAGCGGCACCGGCAGUGUGCACCAAUGCAUAACGUUGAGAACAGAGGAGACGACCACCGGAGUGCACAAGCUGCAUGGAUCGUCCGCUGCUGUAUCAGACAACGCUGCUACAGGCGUCGAUCAAGCGGCAGCGAGUGGGGAGGACUGGGCGAGUCGCAGCCGACGACACCGCCAGCGCCUCGCAGCGACUCUCCGCUCCGCCCCGCAUCCACCGGCAUCGACGUGUUCCACAGCAGUGAAGGUAACCGCGAUGCGGUGGGACGGCCUUGGCACUUCCUCCGGCCAGACGUGGAUGUCUGACGCACCGGAGGCAGCGAUGCCCGCUACCCCGCUUGGGGCCACCGAAUUGGAGGCAGCUGGUGUGGUGCGUUGUGGUAGCUGCAGCAGCAUCCGAAAACCCAUUACGACCGCCAGCAAUGCUACCGUCGGCUCUGCCGGCACGAGCCCGCCGUACCUCGCCAGCUUAAGUGGUAAUGCUGAGGUUGCCGCUGCUGGCCGCGCCUCUGACCCGUGUGAACCCCAGCUCCCGCCUCUGCCGAAUCAGCUGUGGCUUGAAUCCUUCCUAAUCACAGACAUUGCAAAGCAGUGCCUCGAUGCUUUAGCCUACUUGCAUGCGCUGUGCAUCGUCCACCGCGACAUCAAGCCGUCCAACAUAUACGUCUCAAAGCGCGACGGCAUCGUUAAGAUCGGUGAUUUUGGCGUGUCGAAGUUGCUGCAACCCGCGGAGCCCUUUACGACGACGUUUGUGGGGACCCCGUUUUACCUCUGCCCUGAGCUCUGCCUGGGUGACCCCUACUCCUUCGGUGCCGACAUCUGGGCACUUGGUGUGAUCCUGUAUGAACUCUACUGCCUGAAGCUACCCUUCACCUCUGACAACGUGCUAGCGCAGAUCUACGUCAUCACGGAAGGCACCUAUGACACUGCCGCGCUGAGCACGCCGCAUGCCUUCGCAGAGCCUCAGCUGGCCGUGCUGGAGACGCUCUACGGCCCUUCCUUUCUCCGCUCUGAGCAGCUGCUGCACUCCCUUGUCGUGAGUAUGGUUAGUCAGAUGCUGCGGGUUGACCCAGCAGAGCGCCCCUCAGCUGAAGAGCUGCUAACUGGCGUGUUCGGCGCCGGCGGCACGUCACGGUGCGGCUCGAGCGCAGGUCUCCUGGCCACCUCGGUGACGCCGACACCGCUGCACCGCCCCCGACCCACCGGUGUACUAGCCUGCGGCACCGUCUCCACCCCUUCGCAGCGCGGGUCAUCAUCCGCUGCCGCAGCUGGGGAAAUAGCGCCAACCACGUCGCAAGCGUCGCUCAACCGCUUAGGUCCUUUAGCAAGUGAGCAGCACGCUCUGUGGGCAGGCACCCUCGUCGCGGCCGCGUUCAAUACUAUGCAGCAGCAACAGCAGCCACCAGCAACGCCACCCCCGCACCGGCAGCAAGGAGCAUCUCUCGUUUCCUCUACAACUUCCAGGAGUCGCUGCAGCCGCGCGAAGAGGGACGGCGUGGCUAAGGAUGUCACUGGCGCGCACUCCACCCUCGCUGUUCUCGUGAAGGCGUCUGUUACGGAAACACUCCAAGGUAUGCCGCCCGCGCAGCGCGAACGUCUUGGCAGCCGUGCAGCGGCAAAGGAGAGGGGUGAAAGAGAGGAGCAUUCACCGGCGAUGCUGCCUGUGUCAUCGCCAAGAUUGACGCCCUCCUUGACGCUCUCCCGUUCUAGCGUGGUGGCCGGCGUGCGAAGCAACAGCGCCAACGGACAAGUCACGCUAUUUUCACUGGACCUCGCCGGGCGCGGACGGGCAGAGGUGUUUCCACUGUGCAAGGAGAGCGGCGGUGGUGCCGUCGUCACCUCGCCACCGUCUCUUGACCUUGCUGACUGCACGGCUCUGCAUCUGCUUCCUGCAGCACCGUUCCCGCUGGAGCAGCUCUACGACGGUCUCACCAGCAUCCGCGAAUCUUCCGUGAACGUCAGAGGCACGACUAGAAAGCAGCGUACGGUCGAAGACAAGGGGCCAGUGAGGUCUCCACUAGGGGAGCAGGUCGCACGGCGGUCAGCCUCAGCUUCAUUAUCCCUGUGGGCAGCUGACACGCCACGUGUCGAGUGCAGCCGCUACGAGGAGGAGGAUGCGCUAAACCAUCCCAUCGGCGCGCAGACAUGCAGUGAGAUGAUGGAGCUGGUGGAGAACAUUCCGUGGCUCAAGAAUGCCGAGGUCUUCUCCGCCAUUCCGCUCUCCGCCGGCUGUGACAACGUUAUGCUUGUUGAGCGCGCGAAUCGAAGCUCUGUGUCUGCAAUCGUCCAUGACGGCGUGGUAAACUCUGCCACCGGCAACACAGCAGCUGGCAAUGCCCAGGAGUGGGCAGAGGAUGCUGCUGCUGCGUCGAAGAAUUCGCACACUGCGCCGUACCAGCAGCAGCCGCGCCUGUCAGCGACACCGCCGUCAUCGCUGCUGCGGCCACCGCACAAUCCGGCUCAGCCGCAACGGUGUCAGUGGGGUGGAGGUGAGCUCGCUGAUCCAGGAAGUGGGACGGACAGCAUACGGAUGUUCUCGGAUCCCCUGCUGCCGGUAAACUACGCCGGGGUCGUCUUUCGCCCAACUUCAUGUGUCGAGGUGACAACAAUCAGCCCCACUGCGAGAACCAGGGGAGGCAACAGCAGCCCUCUUAGCUCACAAUCCCCGUUCCAGAGAGGCACCUCCGCCACUGUGGGGAGGACCGAGGCGGAGAGCAUACCGUCAGUGUGGCAGCGCCGCGUCUCAGGUGGGGUCACUGCUGGGAGUGAGCAGUCGUCAUCCACCCCAGCCGCCCCGCGCCGCGGAAGUGUGUCGCUGGCUGCCUUGUCCACGACAGUACUGACAGGGACGCCAGCGCUGCCAGCCUCGCGCGCAGGCAAGUCGCAGACGGCACCGGAUGCCAGCGAUCCCACGUCUCCGUCGCCGUCGCUGCAACCGAGCGGAGGCGCGGACAAGCAGCGGACAGUGGGAACGAUGGUAGGCGUAGUUACUUCUGCCUUGCGCCCGUGGUUGUUCUCAUCCUCCGGUCGUGAGCCCACAGUGAACAAUGCUGCUAGUGAGGCGCGCCUGCGGCCGGUCAGUGCCGCACAAACGAACACUGCAGCGACGCCAUCGGCGAGCGGGGUAGCACUGCCUACCCCCAAAGCGCGUUCUCCUGGCCGCUGCGAGGGCUACUCUGCCACUGAGUUGGAGGCCCUCCUGCGGAGGAAGCUGCUUGCCCACUAUCAGCGGCGUCAGCGGAAGUUGGGUGCGCAGCGAGCCCACCAUGCAGCGCAGGAGGCGGCCAAGACCGCAGCCUGUGCAAAGCUGAAGGCGUUGUAUGACGAGGCCUUCGCUUCUCGACUCGGAGCGGCGCCAUUGGACGCAGGCUGCACCACCACGUACCACUCCAGCGUCACUGUGGAUGGCUUUCCAGAGGUGCCACACGAGAUCGGCAUCGACGCUAACGAGCGCACGAGGGCUGCAAAUGGCUCGGCUGAGGGCGGAGAGUACUUCGCGAGAGAUGCCGCCCUGGCGACAUCCCCCGCACGCGCGGCGACGCAGCUGCCUCUACUGGAGGCGAAAACCUUUGCCAAGGGCGCGCAUGCUGCACUGCUCUCGCCGAAGGAAGGGGUGUUUCCACCGCCGCCGUCGGUCCCAUUCUCUCAUGACUUGCCGAUUCUGUUUUCACUCGAUGCCACGGCGCGACAGGCCGAGACGGAGGAGUUGGCGCUUCAGGCUUUUUCUGCUGCUCAUGCCCGUCCUGUGGAGAUGCCAGCGGCAGCUGUUCCCGGGACUGAGACGCUAACGGACGGUGGGGGUGAGCGCAAGGACUGGCUCGCUGCGACCCCCGCUGCGCGUCGUGUCCGCGAGGCCGCGUCGCUAGCGGUCGCCGUGGAGCAUCAGCGUGCCGCCUUUCGCCACGGCAAGGCUCCUACACGGGUGCACGUCGCUCCCCCGUGGCGGCCGCCGCACGACUCACGUGACGUGCCGGGUCUCUGGGAGACGUCCUCGGCGGAGGAGGAGGCAGACGCAGCAGCACGUGGACAACUGGGGCUCCCCGCGCCAGAAAAAGUACGGGAGGAAGUGCGGUGGCGCUGGAGUGCGCCGCCUUCUGACCGGGAUGACACGACGGGGACGACAUCCGAGGACGAAGAGAUAGAGGCGUCAUCGUCUCGCACCGCCUUUUCAUCCGUUACGUCUUCGACCUCGACGUCGCUGGCGCCGUCGUGGGUGUCGUUAGCGUCGGUGUCUCGAGCCGAUACCCUCGACGUACCUCAGCAAACUCCAAAGGAGUCUUUCAUUGCUGCGGCAACACUAACGGGUGUGUGGCAGCGCGUGGCAAGUCGGAGACUCGCGCGUAGCGAGCGUAAGUUGGGUGGUGGUAUGGCUGGCUCGCUGCAUGGCUCUGGCAAUGCUCGCUUUCAAGAGCAGUGGGCAUCCUCGCUGCAGGGAUCUCUCAUGCCACCGAAGCUUAACAACUUGGACAGUGGUAGCAGAGAUGAACACGCACGCGACGACGAGAGCGCAUGGGAGUCUUUGAGUGUGCCGAGUUUCGUGGUCGCGUCGGCAAAGGCGGCGGCGGAGGCGAGUGACGGAAGAGGUGAGACAGGCUCGGCCUCUCCCAGCUCCGCCUCGACUCUUUCCUCCAUCACGUCGGCAUCGCACUGCUCUGCUAACCACAGCGCCCUUGAUUCGAGCCACCUGCACCACACCAAGGGCGGAGAGCGGAAAGACGUGGGCGGCAGCUCAGAAGACGACGACAGCAGCGCCGACAGCAGCUCUGACAGUGCGCUGUCCUCGACAGCAGGGGCGGUGUCUCACUCAUUUGAUGACGUCCCCUCCUCGACGGACACCGGCUACGCUGGGGCAGAAGCCCGUGCGGCAGAAAUGAAGACGGAGAGCGAUGACGACGAGGAGGACGACAUGUCGUACACGUACACGGUGCAGCUGGACGCAGAGACGGGGCGGCGCUACUUCGAAUACGUGUGCCCUGUAGCAGUGGAGGUGGUAGGCGCAUUGCCAGGCGGUUAUCGUGUCGUGUCGGCGGAAGCGGCCUUGCGCGCUCUGGACUCCGCUGUGGCGGCUCCCUUCUCCGCAACACUGGUGCCCGCUAGCGGGCAUCACAUCAUAAAGCAAGACAGCGGUGGGCUGGCGACGCGAAUGCUGACCGUGGAGGCGCUGAGGUUGUCCGCAAUACCGAGGCUUUGCGAGGGCGGCAACGAUACGGCGACCGAGAGUGGCAGUAUCAGCAACGGCUUCGGCCAAGGCAAGGGAUCCCUGGUCGGUGGGGGCUACUGUGCCACGUGUCAGGAGGCCGGUGACUUCGGCGCUGCCGCUGCCUCGCCAUCGCCACUUCCGGUUCCCCCUCCAUCCACGUCGCUGGUGUCGUUACCCCCGGACGCUGGAGGGACUCUAGACUUCACGGCUACACCAGGGAAACAGCAGAGGCAUGCACCGGCAACGGAUACCAUUGCCUCACCCGAAGGGCCCUCAUCGGCACGAGCAGAUGCUUUUCACUUGGUUUGCCGUUCUAUCGCCAGCCGUCAGCACUAUACGACCGCGCGGGGCGCAGUCACAUCGUCGAGCCGCAGUACCGAUAGCAACAAGGGUGGAGGCAGUGCCACUGCGCGCCUUGGCGGGCUCGCGGCCUCGUUACACUUGAGCGGGGCACCAGUCGAGAAGGUGGCGACACCUCUUUGCCCUUCGCACCUGGCGCUGGCGGCACUUUCCGAGAACACCACGGCGAAAGUGCGCACGCCAUUGACUCACUUCUCUUCAGCUGAAUCUACCUCGACCUUAGUGAAUGCAGGGGUACUCCCCGUCUCCACGAGUGCCUUGGCCAAUGCUGAUGGCCGUGUGUCGCAGGGUUUCCUGUGUGACCAGGCUCGCGCACAAGGCCAGGCAGCUGUGGCUCUGGAGCAGGAGAUCGCCGCUGUCGUGGGGGCGACGUGGAGGGUGCGGGUACCAUCAAGUCUAUCAGCUCCGCCUCUGGGUUCUCCAUCAGCGCUGAUGCUGAGCAGCCCAGGCCUGGGGCUGGAGAAAUCGCAGCAGCAGCACCAAUGCACAGCACCGCUCCAGCACAUCCGUCUUCCUCUGUCUCUCGCUCUCCGACCACUGAGGCAGCGCACUCGCUUUGUUGGACUCCUGUGGCGUCUGUGGGUGUCCCUGAUGGUCAGUGACUUGGCGCUGCGUCGGGUGCUUCUUGAUCGUCACAACAGCGCGCCGUCACCUUCUCCGAGGUGCACGUUUGCGGAGGCUUUCGGAGACUGGGUCGCACCCCCUCGCAAUGCGGACGCGAAUGAGCGGACUGGGGUGGAUGUGUCCUUGUCAGACGAGGCGCGCACUAGCCACCGUUUUAGCCGCAGCAUCUCCUCCACCGACGACAGCGCGACGGCAGACUCACGGGAGUUGCAGGCGUUGGCUUCUCUUAUGCCACCUUCCCAUUCCUCGCCGCGCAAGUGGGGACUGUACUACGUGGAGUCGCGCACCCAAUGUGCGGUGCAGCUGCGCACCGACGCGGACUGGGCUGUGGUGCGGCGCAAGGUAGGUGAGAUGGGCACAAUGCUUCCCUUCGUGCGUCUGUACUUGCUGCUUGAGGAGGCGGAGCAGGCCUCCGAGUAG